CAAACCAUUAUUACUAGCUACUGAAACAAAACUUUCUCAUCUCAGUGCUUUAAUCAUAUAAAUAACUGUUUAAAAAGUGGAUAAAUUAAUAUGAGGAAUGAUUCACCGAAGAAAUGGCUUACAGGAUGGUACAGAAAACAAUUCUGGUGAAGAAAUGAAAGGAUUUACAAAGCACACUUUAAAAAAAAUCAGUGAAAUCAAGACUGCACAAAACUAUCCCAGAUCCCUUUCAGUUGCAGGGACAGUUGCUCCAAAACUGAAAGAUUACACAAUGGACGGCACACAGAUGAGAAACCUAUUAGAAGCGGAGAGUGUAGCCACCAAAAUUGAACACAUUUGUGGGCUGGAUAUCGACAGCAAAUCUUACUUUAUUCGUCUUUCAGGAAUCGUCUGUACAAUAGGGCCUGCAUCAAAAGAUCCUUCAGUGUUGGAAAAGAUGAUACACAAGGGUAUGAAUGUGGCCAGACUCAAUUUCUCCCAUGGAUCAUAUGAAUAUCAUGCCAACACCAUAAAAAAUGUGCGUCUGGCAGUCAAAAGUUACAGUGAAAAAAUUGGAGUAAAAGUGCCUCUGGGCAUCGCAUUGGACACCAAGGGUCCUGAAAUACGCACAGGACUGUUGGAGGGUGGAGGAUCUGCAGAGGUGGAAUUAAAGAAAGGCAACACAAUAACGUUGAGAACUGACAAGACUUUUGAAGAGAAGGGUACAGGAAAUGAUAUUUAUGUUGAUUACGUCAAUAUCACAAAAGUAGUAAAACCGGGUGACAAAAUAUUUGUUGAUGAUGGCUUGAUCUCGCUUAUUGUCAAUAAGAUUAAUACAGAUCAAUUAACUUGCACCAUCGAGAAUGGAGGAAUGCUGGGAAGUAGAAAAGGGAUUAAUUUACCCGGGGUGCCUGUUGACUUGCCUGCAAUCACUGAGAAGGACAAAAGGGAUCUAAAGUUUGGCUUGGAGCAGGGAGUCGACAUAAUCUUUGCCUCUUUCAUCAGGGAUGCUUCUGCCAUUGGAGAGAUUAGGAAGAUCCUUGGAGAGGAGGGGAAGAACAUCAAAAUCAUUGCAAAGAUUGAGAACCACCAAGGCUGUGUACAUUUGGAUGAGAUUAUUGAUGCAGCUGAUGGAAUCAUGGUAGCCAGAGGAGAUUUGGGUAUAGAAAUUCCUCCAGAGAAAGUGUUCUUGGCUCAGAAGACAAUGAUUGCUCGCUGUAACUUGAAGGGAAAGCCAGUCAUCUGUGCAACACAAAUGUUGGAGUCAAUGAUCAAGAAGCCACGGCCUACGAGAGCAGAAGUCUCAGACGUUGCUAAUGCUAUUUUAGAUGGUGCUGAUUGUGUGAUGCUUUCUGGUGAAACUGCAAAAGGAGACUAUCCUUUGGAGUGUGUGGAGGUGAUGGCCAACAUCUGCAGAGAGGCUGAGGCCGCAAUCUGGCAUAAACAGUUAUUUGAGGAGCUCACGUCUAAAAUAGACAGACCCUAUCUUGACACAGCUCACAUCCUGGCUAUUGCCGCUGUGGAAGCAGCCAACAAGGGUAUGGUAGCCGCUAUUGUCGUAGCCACCAUGACUGGAAGGUCAGCCUAUCUUCUGUCCAAGUACAGACCCCAGUGUCCCAUUGUAGCAGUGACUAGGGACGCACAGGCAGCUCGUCAGUUUCAUCUCUACAGAGGCAUACAACCUGUCAUUUAUGAGGCCCCGAUCGAUCAUGACUGGUUGAAGGACAUCGAGAAUAGUGUACAGUACGGGCUUGAGUUCGGCAAGAAUUUCAACUUUAUUAGACCCAAUGAUCAUGUGGUCAUCGUAACUGGUUGGAGACAGGGUUCUGGAAAUACAAACACCAUGCGCAUCAUCAAAGUUGACUGAUCAUGAGGCAUGUAUUCAUGAGUUAUUGUUGGACUCAGAGAGAUAUGAUUUUAUUUUAAUAUGUUAAUUUUUAUCCCUUGAAUUUAUUCUGGUUUCAAACCAUGCUUUAUGUUAAAUAUAGCUUUUUUCAUUGACAACCUGCA